AUUGGAAGGAGAAAGAUAGACUCUGAACUAGUGCAGCCAGUUUAGCUAAAAAAGACAAACCUUACAUUUGUACCCCGCUAAGGUUAUUGCUGAUUAAAAAUUAGAUAGUAAUUUAUACGGAUAAUAUGUGUGUAAUAAAGAUGUGUGUAAUAAAGAUUUAAUCAAUAUGAUGCACAAAUAUUUAUACACAAAGUAUUUCUGGCGCCGAAGAACAAACUGCUAACUAUCAGUUGCAGUUACACAGUUUUGCAUCUUAACGUUAUAUGUGUGUGUUUAUGAAUAUAAUAACUAAUUAUUAAAUUAAUUCCUAGAGUACGAGAGAACACAAAGAAUUUGACAAUUGAUUCUUCUAAAAAUAAAGAUUACUGCUAAUUAAUUAUAAGGAAGAUGUCAAGUGAAAGUCAGAUUGCCAAUAUUGUAAAUAACAUUUUGAAAGUAGAGGCGAUAGAGGAAGCAUUCAGUUGCGUUCUUGUUCAUCAUCCUAACAAUGACAGUGACAAGGUAGCAACAUGGCAAAACGAACUAAAAGGACUGAUGACUGGAUUGCCAAAGGAGCAGCAGGAAGCUGCUGUUCGUCAGUUUUUAUCAAUGGCAGCAGCUAUGACUAACCACAGACGAUUACAAUUACUACUAUCAUUGCUACAAAACUUGGUGCAAUCAAAUUAUUUACCCGCUAGGUUAGUAUGCGAAUGUAUUUUGAGUUGUGAUAAAUUGCAAUAUCAAUUGGCAGAUUUUUGGGUUGAAUGCUUUGUCCUUAUUCGGAAUAUCAUUGGUGGAGUUGAUUACAAGGGAGUCAGAGAGAUCAUGAAAGGAUGCAAAGAAAAGGCCCAAACUAUACCACCUCGAUUAGAUGCAUCUGUACAACCACAACUAAAAGCUUUGGAGAACGUUAUUGAAUAUAUUUUUGAGAGAAAUGCGUGCUUAUUGCCGGGUUAUUUUAUUGUCAAUGAGAUACAGAAAGCCUAUCCUGAUAGCAAAAACUGGCCUCACUGGAGACUAGCAAAAUUGCUCUCCAAUUUUGUUGAAAGUUUUCGAAACACGGCGCAAAUGGUGUCUAUAGUAGGACAUUCAAAAAUGUUACCAGUGGUUGAGCAUACGGGAUACGCAGAUCACUUAAUUAAUCCUUGGUUAUUGGAUCCUAUUACAUUGAAGUUUUCUUUGAAAGGAAAUUUACCUUAUGAGCCAGAUUUACUUAAACCUCAAACAGAACUGCUCAGAUAUGUUCUGGAGCAACCAUAUAGUAGAGAUAUGGUCUGCUCAAUGCUUGGUUUACAAAAACAGCAUAAGCAACGGUGCAUUGUCUUAGAGGAGCAGCUUGUGGAGCUCGUCAUUCAAGCGAUGGAACGAUCCGAAAACGAAACCUUACCGGCGGAAGGCACAGACGGCACUGUAGCCAAUCACUGGGUGUGGUUACAUCUAUCCUCGCAGCUAAUUUAUUUUAUUCUUUUCCAAUUUGCUUGUUUCCCGAGUAUCGUCAUGGCGAUACAUGAUAAAUUAGCGGGUAGAGAAUUAAGAAAAGGUAGAGAUCACUUGAUGUGGGUCCUUCUGCAAUUCAUCUCCGGCAGCAUUCAACGAAAUCCUUUGUCAAAUUUCUUACCUGUGCUGAAACUGUACGAUCUUCUCUAUCCGGAGAAGGAGCCCUUGCCCGUUCCCGAUUAUACUCAAGCGCUCUGCACUCAUCAGAUGGCUAUUACAUGUAUAUGGAUACACUUGCUGAAGAAAGCUCAGGCUGAUCACUCCAACAUUCACAGACCGAUACCGCAUACGCUGAAGGUCCAUCAUGAAUUCUUGCAACACUUGGUCAUGCCGAACACGUCUCUCUGUAUGGGUUCAGAUUAUCGUAUUGCCCUCUUGUGCAAUGCCUAUUCCACGAAUCAAGAAUAUUUCAGCAGACCAAUGGGCGCGCUAGUGGAUACUAUCCAGGGUACGCAGAAGAAUCAGCAGCAGCAACCAAGCUUGCAGACUUUGCAGAAUAACGCGGCACUGGCGAACGGUCCAACCACGCCCCUUUCAAUGUCUAUAUUGGAUUCUUUGACUGUGCACUCGAAAAUGAGUUUAAUUCAUAGUAUCGUUACGCAUGUGAUUAAAUUAGCGCAGUCAAAGAGCAAUAUAGCGUUAGCACCGGCGCUCGUCGAGACUUAUAGCCGUUUGCUGGUGUACACAGAGAUCGAGAGCCUCGGUAUUAAAGGGUUCAUCAGCCAAUUGUUGCCGACGGUAUUUAAAUCACAUGCAUGGGGCACGCUCUACACCUUGUUGGAGAUGUUCAGUUACAGAAUGCAUCAUAUCCAACCACACUACAGAGUUCAAUUGUUAUCGCAUCUUCAUAGUCUCGCAGCGGUACCGCAGACUAAUCAGACGCAGCUUCAUCUGUGCGUUGAAAGCACGGCUCUACGAUUGAUCACCGGUCUGGGUUCGGCGGAAGUGCAGCCGCAACUAUCCAGGUUCCUGUCGGAGCCGAAGACUCUUGUGUCCGCUGAAUCGGAGGAACUUAAUAGAGCGUUAGUGCUGACACUGGCGAGAUCCAUGCAUGUGACUGGCACCGGCGCAGACAGUCUCAGUAGCACAUGGUGCAAGGAUCUGCUGAAUACCAUCAUGCAGAAUACGCCGCACUCCUGGGCGAAUCAUACGCUGCAAUGUUUCCCACCAGUGUUGAGCGAGUUCUUCCAGCAGAACAGUGUCGCGAAGGAGAACAAGCAGCAAAUCAAGAAAGCAGUUGAGGAGGAGUAUCGAAAUUGGUCCUCCAUGAACAAUGAGAAUGACAUAAUCGCGCAUUUCUCCGUACCAGGCACGCCUCCUUUAUUCUUAUGUCUGCUGUGGAAAAUGAUAUUGGAAAGGGAUUGUAUAAGUCCUAUUGCGUAUAAAAUUCUCGAGCGAAUCGGAGCCAGAGCGUUGUCGGCUCAUCUCAGAAAGUUUUGUGAUUAUCUAGUGUUCGAGUUUGCCAACAGUGUCGGCGGCCAACACGUCAACAAGUGUGUGGACACUAUUAACGACAUGAUCUGGAAGUACAAUAUAGUAACAAUCGACAGAUUGGUGCUGUGUUUGGCGCUAAGAACUCAGGAAGGGAGCGAAGCGCAAGUGUGCUUCUUCAUUAUACAAUUGUUGCUGCUGAAAGCGGCGGAGUUCAGAAAUCGCGUACAAGAAUUUGUCAAAGAGAAUUCACCGGAGCAUUGGAAGCAGUCGAAUUGGCAUGAGAAACAUCUUGCCUUCCAUAGAAAAUUUCCGGAAAAAUUUGCACCGGAAGGUAUCAUGGAGCAAACCAGCGGCGGGCCUAGUCAAUAUCAGAGUUUACCCGUCUAUUUUGGGAAUGUAUGUCUCCGCUUUUUACCGGUCUUCGACAUAGUCGUGCAUCGAUAUCUAGAGAUACCACCUGUUAUCAAAAGUUUGGAGAUAUUGUUAGAACAUCUGGGCUGCUUAUAUAAAUUCCACGAUCGACCUGUCACGUACCUUUACAAUACAUUGCAUUAUUACGAAAGGAAAUUGCGAGAUCGACCGUCGUUGAAACGUCGAUUGGUGUCCGCUGUUUUGGGAUCGUUGCGGGAAAUUAGAGCACCAGGAUGGGCGCUUUCCGAGGAUUAUAAAAUGUACAUGUCACGCUCCGGCGACGAUGCAGUUGCAUGGGUACCAGAAUUGGGAUAUUACAUUCGCCUUGUACAAAGAAUCGUAGAAACGAUGUCCGGCACGGCUCAUUUUCCUGCUACCGAUUGGAGAUUCAACGAAUUUCCAAAUCCAGCUGCCCAUGCGUUAUACGUGACUUGCGUUGAACUUAUAGCUCUGCCAGUUGCUCCAAAUCUGGUAGCUAAUUCUUUAUUGGACGUUGUUGCCAAAGGAUACACCGUUGUGCCAGCAGACGAAAUACAUUUGUGGAUAAACUGUGUUGGUUUAUUACUGGCAGCACUGCCAGAAUGUUAUUGGUCAGCGUUGCAUGAGCGUUUAGUAGAGACCAUUAGCAGCCCCGGUCUGGUUAAUUGGCAAUACAAUAACUUGACACCAUUUCAAAUGUUUAACUUCAGCACUACACAUAACAGCUUAUUGGAAAACAAAUACAGCUACAUGCUUGCACUGGCACAUUCAGUGUGGCAUCACGCAGGUGUAGGACAAAUUACAACAAUGCCUCAAUUUAUCAAAGAAAAACUUCAGCCAGUCGUAAGCAGUGAAGAGCAAUUAAUAUAUGCUUGCCAUUUAAUUGGUCCCACGUUGGCAAGAUUUAAUGCAGAACGGCCACAUUGUGUAGUUGAACUUGCAGUUUGUCUGUACGAGAUGUUGGAACGAGUUGAUCAUACUCAAACACUCUUGAAUUAUAUAGAUCCAGUUUGUGAUUUAUUAUAUCACAUCAAAUACAUGUUUGUUGGCGAUAUGAUGAAAAACGAAGUGGAAUGUAUUAUACGAAGAUUGAGGCCCGCAUUGCAAAUGAGACUACGAUUUAUUGCUCACAUAAAUAUAGAAGAAAUUCAUACAUCCUGAGAGAUGAUUGUUCCUGCCACAGAAACAACAUCAUAAUGUACAAUACGACUUUUUGGAAUAAAAACGUGUUAUUCCAAAAUACCAUUAUUAUAAUUCGAAAUGUAGAUAAGUAUAAAAAAUGUAUAUUUCUUUUUCUCUACAAAAUAUAUUUCUUAAAUUUGAUAUUAUACAUACGGAAAUUCUCAGACCCAUGAGCCCAUUUAUAUAUAGGUUCCAUUCGAAAGCCCAUAAAUAAAAUUCAUCAAAUAAUGCGCAAAAAAUCCGUCUCGUUUCGCUUAAACCGCUCCAACAGGGCCUUGGAAAUGUUCAUUCGAAUGCGUUUUUGGUCCACAGUGAGCAAGCGCCCAACACGCGGUUAGCUUAUGCAUGCCUAAUUCUUCAGUCAAUAUAUGACAAACACGUUCUUUCGAUAUGCCCACAGCCUCUGCUAUUUCUCUAAUCUUAAUUCGACGGUCGUCCAGUACCAUUUGGUGAACUUUUUCGAUGUUAUCGGUGGUGGUCGCAGUUGUUGGCCGUCCCGAACGCUCAUUAUCAGCCAAGCUGGUACGACCACGUUUAAAUUCAGCUGCCCAUCUUUUCACGGUGGCAAAUGAUGGGGCAAAGUCCUUGUAAACAGCGUCUAACUCGGCUUUAAUUUUCGUAGGCGUAUUGCCUUUCAAAUGCAAGAAUUUAAUUACGGCACGAUAUUCGUUUUUUUUCCAUUUUUACGAAAAUACUGACAUCGAUUGGCACAAAUGAUCGUCAAACAAUAACUGAGCGUACAAAAUGUUUACAAUUUUUACAGUUAUCUUUCAAAGCAUGUACGAUUGUAAUACCGAAAUAAUUUUGACGAGUAAUGCUAUCUUCGUAUUGAGGCUCAAAAUUUUUCAGAC